CGUCGUUGAGAAAGGUGGUUUGCAGCUCUGGCUCCUGGCCCUGUAGUGGCGACCCUUCUCUACGAAGAUGAUGAUGUGUACGAUUGGAAAAACUUUGAGAACUUUUUCUAAUAAUUAGACAGUGUCUAAUCAAUCAUAUAUACACUUUGAUGUACGGACAUGCAGAAGCAUUAUUAACGAAUUGCAAAAUUUUUCGUAGAUGAAAAUGAAUACUCAGCAGAGACAGUGGAUUGAAUAAAAAUAAACAUUUCUUUGAAAAGACAAUUUAACCACAUGUAGACACGAUUGAAGGAUGAAGUCUCUGCAUUGAGAGACAUAGGAGGAAUUACAGAUAAGAGAUGAACAACAACAAUGUAGCCAGACUGAACGAGUCCUGGUGGAAAUCAUUUUACCUGCUCUGUCACCUACGUGACAAGUACCAGUCGCAAAAGUUCCUUCGUUUACAUCAUAACAGAACACCCAUCAGUCCAGAGACCUUUGGCGUUGCAUCACUGCGAUGGAGUUCUUGAUGAUCUGCAAACUCUGCGUUAACAUAUGCUUCGUCGUAGAGUUGUUCAUCACCUGGAUGAGGAUGGUAGACGGCGCUUUUCCUAGUGACCUAGAAGCGGAGUCCUACAACGACACUUGCUACGAGGGUUGUACCUGCGGCGACGUGAAAUCUAAUAGGUUUCAGAGGACUAUGUUGACUUUCAACUGCUCCAGCAUGAAUUUGAUGGCAUUCCCAAUUGAUAUCCCCAGAGAUAUUCAAGUUUUGGACCUGAGGGCAAAUUCAAUUUCGAAAAUUCCUGAGAGUAUUGAAAACUUAGAAGAAUUACAGGAGUUAGAUUUAUCUGGGAACAGACUGAACUCAAUGGGACCUGGGGUGUUAUUUACCAAUGUGUCAAAGUUAGUGUACCUAAACUUUGGUAAAAAUUUUAUUUCUUCAGUGAUUCGUGACAACUUUGUGAGUUUCAGAAACCUAGAACAUUUGGUCCUGUCCAAUAACAUAAUUAAAGGCUUAGACAAUGAAACGUUGGUAGAGCUGAGCAAUUUGAAAACUCUUGAUCUACAACACAAUCUCUUUACUCACAUCUACAGGGAAUGGUUUCUUGGUCUGAAGAGUCUUGUCAUACUUAAUCUUUCCAACAAUAAAAUUCAGAGCAUCCCCCCAUCUGUCUUCAGAGCUAUGGGGUCACUGAAGUCUUUAUAUCUGACUGGAAAUGUCAUUUCCACUAUUGACCCCAGAGCCUUUUCGGGACUCCUAAAUCUGAAAGUGUUGGCGUUGGAGAGCAAUAUGCUCUCGAGGAUCCCAACAGCUGCGUUCCAAAGUCUUCCAGUCUUAGAAACACUAGCAGUAGACCAGAAUCCCCUCAAUAAAAUUAAACCCCUAGAUUUUUCUCAUCUCAGCGUCAUCAACAUUAGCCUAAGCCGGAUGCCUGAAUUGGCUAUCAUCGACGCGAAAGCCUUUUAUAAUCUAGUGAACGUCACUUUGAUACAAAUAACAGAUAAUCAGAAGCUUACUUAUAUUGAUCCUCUUGCUUUCAUGAACGUUGAUUCGCUGAGAAAACUUCACCUCAAUAACAAUAAUCUUCAAGGGCUACAGAAGGAAAUGCAUCAGUUUUUGCCUAAGGGAUGCAGCUGUGCAUUCACGACAAUCCAUUUAGGUGUGACUGUAAUGUGAGAUGGCUUAGAAAAUUAGUCAGUAAAGACACUAAUACCAAAAACAUAACCCUGUGUGAGGCAGAGCAUGUAUCUUGCCAGACACCGGCUGAAUAUGAGCACAAGCUUCUGAAGUACCUUGAUAUAUCAAGGUUACCGAAGGUUUGUCCUCCAGUAGUUCUGAACUUAACCCAGGGACAAUACAUUGUUGGGCAAAUAGGUGAGAGGCAAGUCAUAGAAUGCCGAGCUCUCGGGUCGCCCAUUCCGCAGCUGCAUUGGAUAUUGCCAGAUAAUUCACUGGUGAAUUCCACUUUAAAUGAAAUCACUAGACGAUUCUUCCCUCCUGGGACUUUAGUUUAUUACCACCUGGAGCCAGCGGAUAGCGGGACUUACACCUGUGUGGCUCAAAACACUGUCGGGAGCGCGAGAAGUUCCGUAACGCUAAGUGCAGCUGGCUUAGAUAUUUUCUUGUUUCCGGUUCACGUUACGUCAACAUACGUCACGUUAGUUUGGAAUGGAACUGAAAAACGCGCAUUCCCUUCAUACAAAAUAGUUUACAAUAAAGUGAGUGAUAAUGGAACAGAGUUAGAGGAGAAGGAAGUCAUUGAUGUCAGUCCAUCUAGGAAAACGUUGUCCAUCAGACACUUGAGUCCUCAGGCAAAUUACCAGUUUUGUCUCGGUUAUGAAGACGGCACUGGAUAUUGGCUCGAAAUCUCCUGCUGUUACGUCACCACUGCUGAAACAGAGGUUCACUCAGGAGGAAUCUACCGAAUAUCUUUGCUGACAGUCGUAGGGCUCCUGGGAGUCGUGCUUCUCCUAACAUGCCUGACGAUGUAUCUCAUCUCCUCUCUCUUGAAGAGUCACAGGCACAGAUUUUACGAGACGCCUGACAAAAGCACAGACAGCUUCAAGAUCCCAUUGGUCGGUCUGUACAGGCCUCUCCUGCUGGGGUCCUGACAGUCAGCUGGCCGUUUCAGCGGCCUGGUUCCUUGCUGUACUCAAAAGAAGCCUCCUUCCCCAGGUGAGGUCGGUUUCCACGAUAAGAUCGCCGACCACCUCCACUCUGUACGACCCACUAGAGGGAAGUGCUUACCAGGCUCAGCCUAUCGCGUUUGGGGAGCAUUUGUCUCCUGAGCCUUUGAGCUCUUGCAGUACACAUCCCAGUGGCCUGAAGAGUAAUCUGGAGUCCACGUUGCAGUCUCCAGAUCUGCUUCUCUACACUGUCCAGGUUGACACACUCCCUGUCAUGAGAGAAACACAGCUGUCUUCUGGGUAGGGAGAGAACGAAUUCGUUUCACGAGACGAGAUAAAAACACUCAGUAGAACUGGUGACGAAUGAGAACUGUAAACCUGGUGACACGUUCGUACUUGCCUUUCAAAUUGCCUUCCUAGUGGUCGACUUACAAUGACAUACCUUGAGACACAUGAAUUUUCUCACUUCUUGUCACAACACGUAGAAAGAAGUUUGAAAUCAGCAGAUGUUUAUCUAAGACGACUUUCAUAAUGGUCGAAUUACGGUGACAUAACUUAUGACAGUCGUGUCACUGUUUCGUUCGUGUCACAACACAGAACGUUUUCUAAGACGAUUUUCUUAAUGGUCUAUUUACAGUGACGUGAUUUAUGAAAAAAUUAAUUUCCCUUCUAGUCACUCACACAGAAAAUAGUUCUGAAAUCAACAAACGUUUUCUAAAACGUAUUUUGGUAAAGAUGUUUAGAAGUUAUUGAAGUGUCAUAAAGUCAUUUAAAAAUUUAUCUAGCGUUAGAUUUCGUCAUGCACAUUCAUAUGAAAUAUAUUAUCGUAGAGUGACAGUGGUUAUGAAUAACUGUUGAUAUUAUUGACAUGUCAUUCAAUUUAUAAUGUAAGAUGCCUUAUAUAAAUACAGAGUAAAUCACAUAUAUAAUCAAUGUUAAAGAUAUUGUCAGGAGGAAAGGGGAAAACAUUGAAAAUUAAGCAAACUUACGCCAAGAGAAUUGAAAAUGUUUUGAUGAAAAGUGGAAGGCAUGACAAUUAUUUCUUCAUUUCAUCAACACCGUAACAUCUUCGAAAAAUAAGGAAUAUGUAAGUGAAAAUUGAAAUGACAAACGUGUGAUUGAAGAGCAGUAAAGAGAACUUGGAAUAUAACUCUUAGGUGACCUCAAGGGUAAGCAGGUUAGAACUCUUUUUGUAAAUACAAAUACCUAAAAAUUUCUUAGGAUUUUUAACGUGAAAUGUACAUACAUAUAUGUGUGCGAUUCUUUCAUAAUUGAAGAUGUUAUAUCUUUAUUGAUUCUCUGAAUAAAAUUCUCUACAAAAAAAAAAAAAACAUUUAAGAAAAUUAAUGUUGUUGUCCUAUGACCAUAAAUUUGAGCAAAAAUUCAUAAAUUAUUCCAGUUCUUCUUCAAAAGACAUGGUUUUGUGCUCAUUUCAAUGUUUCUAAUUGCAUAUGUGACCAAUAUUAACUUAUUUUAAUUAAACUGAGAACAUGCAUUGUGUUCUAUGUAUGAUUGUAAUUAUGUAUGAAUGAUUGUGUAUAUAUGAAUACUUUGUAUAUAAUUAUGGACGGAAAUCUAUGGAUAUGUAUAUACUUACUAAUGUUAUCAUGCCCUUAAAUCUAUGUGUUUUGUCAGACUUAUAUAAGUUUACAGACAUAUAUAUAUCUAUA